UUACUCCAAUUGCAUUCAUUUUUUAUCAAACAUUUGCAGACGCUUUUUUGCAUUUUUCUGACAAGCUUUUUUCAAGAAAUAAACAUAUUUCAGCAGCAAAAUGGACGAAUUGCAAAUGGAUACAAAUUCCCUAUCCGAGUCUGCGUCUGAAUAUGCCACUAGUGAACGCGCACAGGAAACCCCGCGAGAGGAGAAACUUGCAACAGGCGCCAAUACCGGCACCGGCAUUUGCUAUUGUGGGAAAGAACGAAAUCUCAAUAUUGUGGAGCUCCUGUGUGCCAAUUGCAGUCGUUGGUUUCACGAAUCUUGUAUUGGCUAUCAGCUGGGCAAGUUGGUACCGUUCAUCACCAAUUAUGUAUUCGUCUGCAAGAAUUGCUCGCAAAGUGGGCUUGAGGUCUUUCGAAAAAGUCAAGCGACUAUACCACAAAUGUGCAUCACUGCCAUAGCCAAUAUGCAGCAAAAUGCGCUGAAGGAAGGGAAGACUAAAUUCCUAUUUAGCAAAGACAAAGAAAUCAUCCCAUACAUCGAACAGUACUGGGAGGCAAUGACGACAAUGCCUCGACGUGUCACACAAUCUUGGUAUUCUACGGUGCAGAGGUCACUUGUCAAAGAGGUCAGCACUUUGUUCACGUACGAGGAAAACUCUGAAUUCGGCACCAUGUUUGGUUUAGUAACGCAGGAUCUCGCACAGAUUAAACCGAACUACGAUUCCAUGGGUAAGGGCGGAUUACUGCGAACAUCCGAAGAUGGUCACGGAGCAGCUUCAUCACUGACAAAGAAUAAUCGUCAAUACAAACGAAAACCGCCCGGUAAUGAUUCUGGACCUACUGGUAAAAAGGGACGACCUAGUUCAGAUAUUACCGCAAAUGUGAAACUACCAGCUCAUGGGUAUCCGUUGGAGCAUCCUUUUAAUAAGGAUGGCUAUCGUUAUAUUCUAGCUGAACCUGAUCCUCAUGCUCCCUUCCGGCAAGAGUUCGACGAAAGCUCUGAUUGGGCUGGCAAACCAAUACCUGGUUGGCUGUAUAGAACACUGGUUCCCAAUUGCGUUUUAUUGGCCUUGCAUGAUCGUGCACCACAACUAAAAAUUUCAGAAGAUCGUCUGUCUGUCACUGGUGAUAAGGGAUACUGUAUGGUGCGCGCUACUCAUUCUGUAAAUCGUGGGCGCUGGUAUUUUGAAGCCAUUGUUGAUGAUAUGCCUGAAGGCUCUGCAACAAGAUUGGGCUGGGGUCAGGAGUACGGCAACCUGCAAGCACCCCUCGGCUAUGACAAAUUUGGCUACUCAUGGCGGUCACGCAAGGGAACUAGAUUCCAUGAGAGUCAUGGCAAACACUAUAGCGAUGCUUAUGCGGAAGGCGAAGUGCUGGGCUUUUUAAUAGAUUUACCCGAUGAAGUUGACAGCAAUUACUUACCUAACACGUUUAAGGACAGACCGUUAGUAAAGUUCAAGUCACAUUUGUAUUAUGAGGAUAAGGACAAAGUGCAGGAAACACUUAAAGGCCUUCAAGUGCAGCCUGGCAGCAAAAUAGAAUUUUUUAAGAAUGGAAAAUCCCAAUCUGUAGCUUUUUCAGAUAUAUAUGGUGGUUUAUAUUAUCCUACCAUAUCAAUACAUAAGAAUGCUACCGUAAGUGUAAAUUUCGGACCGAAUUUCAAGCACCCCGAAAUAUUAAAGGACUACAAAGCGAAAGGAAUGUGUGAACGUGUUGAGGAAUUAAUAAGCGAACAGUGCCUCUCAGAUUUAUUAUAUUUGACCGAGAAUGAUGGAAGAUUGCGUUUGGAUAACUUUAACUUCAGUAAAUUAAAAUAAUACUACAAUGGUGAGUGCGGCAGUGACGAUAUUUGAAUGAACGCGAUUCGAAGGAUUCGAGCUUGAGUGAGAUGAGGGUUUACAUUAAAUUUGCACGCUCCUAGAAUAUUGCAAUAUUUGGAUGAAACACAACCGUUUUAAAAAUAAAACCUGUUCAGAAAUUUGUUUUUGACUAUGUUGUAAAGUUAUUUCAAAAUAUUCCUUGUCGAAAUAUUAAGCUAAAUAAAACAUAUUUUUUUUAUAAUUUUACCAACAGAAUAUCUGUACCUACUGUUGUCAAAAUUUAUUUGACCACAAUUUUAUUUUGAAUAUUUGCAGAGCUUUAAAGCACAUAUUUCAUUUGGAGUGUUAAAAAAUAUCGUCGCUUGCUCCACUGCCACUACGACGAUUUUUGGCGUUACAAAUAAGUAUGUAACUAGAACCAUAGGUAUAUAGGUACAUAUAUGGAUGUAUCCGUAACAUUUGUUCAACAUUAAAAGUAUUGGCAGUUACUAAAGCA